UUCGAGAAUCCUAUGGUGAUGGCAGCCGGAGCAUCUCCUCUAGUCCCUAGUGACUCACCUCAGGAAUACCGAUAGAAGUACUUAUGCGAGUCCCAUCCUGUCUGAUUUGGUGGAAGCAGCAUCAUCGGACCAUCACACUGACGGAUUCUGGGGCAAUUUACUCGUAACGAAUGCAUCGAUGAUCUUCAUAACUUGGAUCCUGUAUUCUUGCCGUAUCAGCCCAUCACUCGAUAACACGAGUCAAUCUUCGUAUGUCACAUCUUACAGCCGCCUGUCCAUAAUUCCACCGUGAUCAAUGCCACUUGCAGUUGUUCUCUCGCUCAGCAUGCUAUGGAAACCGUGAGCCUGUCGAGGUAGACGUCAGGGCUGCUCGACAUUUAACCUCUUUCCCCCGCUCUCGCCAACUCGUCACUUCGCCAUGAAUCUUUUGCUAAAACAAGACAUUGUAGCCAGGCUAUAUGAAGGGAGCGAGUCCGAUAAUCGCUCUGUCUGCAAUCUGGAGAGUAUUUGGGAUACAGAUAAAAACACACCUGUCGCUGUGGUCCACCUAGUAUGCUCAGAGUCGACCCAAGCAUCUGGCGCAUGGUCUUACACUGGUGGUUUGUCUGCAGUAUGUGGCGCAGGGAGUCAGAGAUAAUACUAAACAUGUCUAUACAGCCUGUUUCUUGAGCUCAAGGAUGAGGAUGAGGAGCGUAUCGUGGAGCUCGACUGAUCGCUCAGAUCAGUGGAGCCCCACGUUGCGCUCCUUCGCGCGACGGAUGGUCCGGGACAACAAGGGCCGCACAGGAACUCAGGGACC